GCUAUUACUAUUACUCCACAUAUGAAACAAAUGGUGUUGUAUAAUGUUGUCUUUUGAAUUUCUUUUUCUUUGAGUUAUCAUCCGAAUAUACUGGAGUACUUUGGAGAUUGAUGAAUAUCCAGAGAUUUUAUAGAAGUAAGCGGCAAGAAUGGAUAUGAUUUGCCCAUUCUACCAAUACCUGACGCUUUGCUAUACUCCGUACCAUCAGGAACAAACUUAACUCACCACAACUUAUGUUGACCCUCUAGCAGAUACAUCAACCACCUCCACAAGUCUCGAAUUCGUGUUCGGGUUUAUAAAUACAACAAGUGAUUGGCCAGUAUUGGCCGGUAUUUACCAAUAUUCACCAGCACGCACCAGCACUCACCAGCAUUUCCCAGUACCCAUUUACCUUGCCAAAGACGACCUACAUUCUACAUUUCAAGCCUUGACACCGCCUACCAUCAAUCAUGUCCUCCGCCAAACGAGCUUCCAUGCUCCCUCCACCUCCUAAACCUCCGAUUUCAUUCUCAAGUAAUAUCACCAUCGCAGACCAUGCUUCUCUCAUUGGCACAAACCUUAUAUCCAUCCGAGGACACACCAUUCUUCAUCCACGUACAAAAUUGAAUAGCAGUUUUGCUCCCAUCACAAUCGGUACACAAUGUGUCAUUGGCGAACGUAGUUCAAUUGGCAUGUUGAAUUUUCCAUCCGAAGAACAAGCUUCAGGUGUCACAUUGGAGAAUGGCGUUAUAAUAGAAACUGGAGCUAUUGUCGAGGCAAAAUUCGUGGGACAAGGAAGUCUCAUUGAGAUCAAUGCAAAGGUGGGAAGAGGGGCUGUCAUAGGAAAGCAUUGCAAGAUUGGACCAAUGUGUGAGGUUGAAGAAGAUGAGGUUAUUCCAGAUUACACAGUGAUAUAUGGAAAUGGAUUACGUAGAAUAGAUAAAAGUGGUGUGGAAGGCCUCAAGAUGAAGAUGAUCGGUCGACACGUGGAUGUGCUUAGGAGGCUUGUUCCUAGCAAUUUAUCUAAAUAUCAAUGAUACCCUUUUGAUUUCUCUUA